AUGUCGUCGUCAAGUAUUCAUGGGCUCGAGGAGUGGACCUACGCAAUGGGCUACGAGGAGCGGCGCCGAAUCCAAAACCGAAACGCCCAGCGUAUCUUCCGAUGGAAGCAGAAGAGUAAAUCAGCGAGCAACAACAAAAACCACAACGACGGCACUUUCACCGGGCAAGAAGAUCGACCAAACGCCUGCAUGUCUUCGAACGAACUCUCUCAAUCCUCUGGCUUCGAUUCAACUCCAAAUACGACCAAUCUCGCCGAACCUAUGGCCGAUGACGAAGACUUUCAAAUGCUUUUUGGCGCCACCGACACAAGUGCAUCUUCGCCAUACCACUUCCAAGACCUCGGCAUCUGUGAAGAUGACUUCCAACCUCGCCGCUGCAGCUGCCCUCCGAGCCCCAACUCUGCCGACAUGCAAGAAAUGCUACGUCAAACCCUCGCCACCACUCAUCUGCAGUGGAAGAAAGAGCAGUUCGGCCGCCAGGCCGACAUGAUACUGGUCACCCUGGCCACCUUCUACGGGUUUUACGCCAAAUUUUCCAAGACCUGGCACGCCCAACCUCGACUCCAGACGACACUCACCAGAGCCUUCUAG